CCACCCCUAUUGUGCUUCUCCUCCUUCUCUCGUGGUUCUAUCCUGCCCCUGAAUAUUCUUCAUACAGCAUCUUAUAUCCCAACAUCAAAUACAUAGGAUCGGUUCUUAGCAUUGGCGCAUUUGACCUGCAGGCGGACAGAUCGCAUGAUCACACAUCACAGUCCUCAAACUUGUUGUUCAUGGUGUUGUUGUUGUAUUGGAGAACUCUCUUCACCUUGAUCGUGGGAAAAUUCCCGGCUCACCAUUUCUUUUUUACUCUCUUUCUUUUCUCUCUUUGUUGCAUCAUUCUUUCCACACCUACUACAUACACCAUAGAACAAGACGACUCAUCCAGCCAACCUCUUCUUUUCCCUUAUUAUCUCGCCAUCCUUUGAUUUACCCCCCCCCUUUACCACAGAAGAGAAAAUGCCCUCAUCUUCACUUGAUUAUAGUAAAGAACCAAGCCGUCCUCAAUACGAGCUUAUCGUUCGCAAAGAAACCCCCUUCAAUGCUGAACCACGGAUCCAGAAUCUUGUUGAGCACUAUAUUACCCCAGAGAAAUACAUGUUUGUUCGAUCGCAUGGCCCUGUUCCUACGCAUUUAGACGAGUCGCAUAUCAUCACUGUGCAGGGUCUUGCCGACGCCAAACAGUUUAGCGUCCAACAACUGAAAACACAGUUUGAAAAGGCGCAUGUCAUGAUGGCCAUGCAGUGUGCUGGUAAUCGACGUGAUGGGUUGCACCGGGUCAAACAUACCAAAGGGGUCAUCUGGGGAGCAGCUGCUGUCGGAAACACCACUUUUGCUGGUUGUCGCCUUAGAGAUGUACUCCAUGCUGUCGGUGUCGUCUCCUACAAAAAUGAUCUGCAUGUAUCAUUUGAGUCCGUUGAACAGGUAAUCACUUGUGAGGAAACAGCUUGUUAUGGAUCAUCCAUUCCGCUUUGCAAAGCACUGGAUGAGUUUGGUGAUGUGCUGCUAGCCUAUGAGAUGAACGGACACACUUUAACGCAUGACCAUGGUUAUCCCAUACGGGUCGUUGUGCCCGGCUAUAUUGGUGCACGUUCUGUCAAAUACUUGAAAUCCAUCACUGUGCAAGACCACGAAUCCACGUCGUAUUUCCAACAACGCGACUACAAGUUGUUGCCAGCCCAAGUAGGCACCGAACAAGAAGCAGAGGAGUACUGGUGCAAAGUACCGGCCAUUGGCGAGUACAAUGUCCAGUCGUUUGUGUGUCAUCCAGCCCACGACAGUGACAAGGUUGUGGCGGAAGGAACCCGGCUUACUGCGCAAGGCUAUGCGCUCUCUGGAGGAGGAAGGAGUAUCCAAAGGGUCGAUGUCUCGAAUGAUAACGGUGACACCUGGCAAGUUGCAGAAUUAUACCAGCCUUCAAUGUCAGCACGCGCUUGGGGAUGGUGUCUAUGGACAAUCAAAAACAUAGAGUAUAAAGGAUAUCCCAUUGUCAGUCGCGCAGUGGACUCGGCUGGUAAUGUGCAGCAAGAGUAUCCAGUAUGGAACUACAGAGGCGUCCUGAAUAACGCUUGGCGUACUGUCAACUUGUAAAUAAUCCCAUUUAGUGCUUAUUACAUGGUCUGGUUUCUUUAUGCGUAGAGUUGGUGUGUUUGUUCUGUACAAGGGAUGGGACAAGAGGAGGAUAGAGUAAGAUAAAUAUAUAUACAUUGAGUCGGAACGCUGUGCGUGGUGAUGGAUUGUGAGUGAUCAACAGGAGAGGGGUUUUUUUUUCCAAGUGCAUGAUGGCGGCGGUGUACAAGAUGCGUGUGGAGAUUGGCUUACAUCAGUGUUCAUUUUGGAAGGUUAGCAGAAAAGGAAUUAAAAACAACAACGACAACAAAAAAGCAAAAAUGGAAGAGGAAAACAA